AUGACCGACUUUGGACCUCGCGCCCCUCAUGGGCCUGACAUGUCGGGAACUCACAACCCGUUGGAGGAUAUGGACAUCAACGAGAAGGGAGCUUUCGAUUCCCUAAUCCGGCCCGAUGACAGCUACACCCCCGAGGGUACCUACUGGGCUGAUCUGCCCCUCAUGAAGAAGAUCGGUUUCGUCAGCUCCUACAACAACCAGGAGGCUAAGCGAGAGAUCAGUGGCAUUUGGGCCAUGAUGAAGGAGGACCCUCUCUCGCCUGUCUCUUACUACUUCCGCAACAUGGUCCUGCCCGGUGCUGGUCUCGGUCUGGAGGGUUAUGUGCUUUUCUCCAUUGGUAACAUCAAGCCGCUCUUCCAGAAGGCUUUCCCCGACUGCUGGAAGUCCGCCAAAACCUGCAGUCAGCAGUGGAUAUACGCCAUCGAUUAUCUCGAAAUCAUCGGUAUCAUUGUUGGUCAAAUUUUGGUUGGAAUUCUGGGUGACUGGAUUGGUCGUCGUUGGGGUUUGAUUCAGGAUGCUACUAUCAUGUUGCUCGGUCUUAUCAUGUUGACAGCCGCUUGGGGUGUCACUGAGAAUGGCUGGGUCAUUUGCUACGCUUGGUCUCUGUUCAUUUACGGUAUCGGUGUUGGUGGCGAGUACCCCAUGACCGCCACCAGUGGUAUGGAGAACGCUGUCGGCUCUGGAAAGAUCUCUACCAAGGAGGAUCGUCUCCACCGUGGUCGCAAGGUCACCAGUGCCUUCCUGAUGCAAGGUUGGGGUCAGUUCUUCAACCAAGUCCUUCUUAUCAUCCUUCUGCUAUGCUUCCACCACGGCAGCGGCAACAACCCUUACUCCGCCGUUGCUGUCCAGUGGACCUACCGUGUUUCCUUCGCUAUCCCUGCCGUUGGUACUCUCUGGCUCGUCUACUACCGUGCCUACCACAUGAAGGCCGCCAGCAAGCAGCUCGACGCCGCCAAGAAGAAGUCUUCCGUUACUGGAUACGAUGCUCAGUCUUUGAAGCUGACCUUCCGCUACUUUGGAUUCCGCAUCUUCGCCACUGCCGGUGGCUGGUUCGCCAACGAUGUCUUCUUCUACGGUAACAAGCUUUUCCAGAGCGAGUUCAUCAGUGUCAUUAGCCCCCACACCAGCUCUGUCAUGCCUACUUGGUUGUGGAACUUGUGCAACGUCGGUGUCUCGCUGUGCGGAUACUACAUGGCCUCUUUCCUGAUCGACAACAAGCUGUAUGGCCGCAAGUGGAUGCAGAUCAUCGGUUUCCUGCUUUGCUUCAUUCUCUUCAUCGUCCCCGCUUUCAACUUCGAGUACUAUACGCGCCCGGAGAACAUCAAGUCUUUCCAGACCAUGUACUUCCUUUCCUCCUUCUUCAACCAGUUCGGUCCCAACUCUGUUUCCUUCCUGGUUGCCGCCGAGGUCUUCCCCACUCCUAUCCGUGCCUCCGCUCACGGUAUGUCCGCUGCCUGGGGUAAGGCUGGUGCCCUUUUGGCCGCCGUCCUGUACAACUACAUCGACACCCAGACCAAGUUCUACGUUGUUCCUUGGUUCGGUCUGGCCGGUGCCAUUAUCACCGCCUUCUUCCUCCCCGAUACCACCGGUCUCGAUCUCAAGGAGCAGGAGCGCCGCUGGGAGUACCUGCGCCAGGGCAAGGAAGAGGACUACCACGGUCCCGCCGUCCACCCCAAGCACUUGUCUUGGUACGAACGCUACGUCCUGCGCAAGUGCCGCUUCUACGACGCCGAGCUCGACUACCAACAGAAGGUUGAGGAGUACCGUGCUGAGUGGGAGUCUGCCAUGGCUGCCAAGACUGCCGAGAAGGAGACUGCCGAUGCUAACUUUGACACUGACGAGUCUCUCCUCGAGGGUCACGUUCACACUUACUUCCACCGUACCAGCCCCAUGUUCAAGGGUAUGGAGAAGAACGUCACUGCCAAGCAGGACAACUUCACCUUGCCUCCGCCUGCGGAGAGUGAGAACGAAGACACCGAAAACGAGAAGCACUAG